UCAUUCUGACUGAGGGGACGUGCUGGUCCAGUUGCAGCCAGACGUGUGGCGAUGCAGCAUUAAUUACUGUUGCUUUAGGAUGAUUGAGGAAAGUGGGAAUAAGCGGAAGACGAUGGCGGAGAAGAGGCAGCUGUUCAUAGAAAUGCGUGCUCAGAAUUUUGAUGUUAUACGACUGUCAACUUACAGAACAGCUUGCAAAUUACGAUUUGUACAAAAACGAUGCAACCUCCAUCUCGUUGAUAUCUGGAACAUGAUCGAAGCCUUCCGAGACAAUGGCCUUAAUACACUGGACCAUAGCACUGAGAUCAGUGUGUCCCGCCUCGAAACUGUCAUCUCGUCCAUCUACUACCAGCUGAACAAGCGCCUGCCUUCUACUCACCAGAUCAGUGUGGAGCAGUCCAUCAGCCUCCUCCUCAACUUCAUGAUUGCUGCCUACGACAGUGAGGGCCGAGGCAAAAUGACAGUAUUUUCAGUUAAAGCUAUGUUAGCAACUAUGUGUGGUGGAAAAAUGCUGGACAAAUUGAGAUAUGUUUUCUCCCAGAUGUCAGAUUCCAACGGCUUAAUGGUAUUUAGCAAGUUUGACCAGUUUCUGAAGGAAGUGCUGAAGCUCCCAACAGCCGUCUUUGAAGGGCCAUCUUUCGGUUACACCGAGCACUCAGUCCGCACCUGUUUCCCACAGCAGAAAAAGAUCAUGUUAAAUAUGUUUUUAGACACAAUGAUGGCCGACCCUCCUCCCCAGUGCCUUGUCUGGCUACCUCUCAUGCACAGGCUUGCCCAUGUCGAGAAUGUCUUCCACCCCGUGGAGUGCUCCUAUUGCCACUGUGAGAGCAUGAUGGGUUUCCGGUACCGAUGCCAGCAGUGCCACAACUACCAGCUCUGCCAAAACUGCUUUUGGCGUGGUCAUGCCAGUGGUCCUCACAGCAACCAGCACCAGAUGAAGGAGCAUUCCUCUUGGAAAUCCCCUGCAAAGAAGCUGAGCCAUGCAAUUAGUAAAUCUUUGGGGUGUGUACCCACCCGAGAACCCCCGCAUCCUGUUUUUCCUGAGCAACCUGAGAAACCACUCGACCUUGCAAAUAUCGUCCCUCCUCGCCCUCUGUCUAACAUGAACGACACCAUGGUGAGCCACAUGUCCUCCGGAGCGCCCACUCCCACCAAGAGGUUACAGUAUAGCCAGGACAUACCCAGUCACUUGGCCGAUGAGCAUGCGUUGAUAGCCUCCUAUGUGGCCCGUCUUCAGCACUGUGCACGUGUCCUGGACAGUCCCAGCCGACUGGAUGAGGAGCACCGGCUUAUAGCUCGCUAUGCUGCCCGGCUGGCUGCAGAGGCAGGGAACAUGACCCGUCCUCCCACCGACUUGAGCUUUAACUUCGAUGCCAACAAGCAACAAAGACAGCUUAUUGCAGAACUGGAAAACAAAAACAGAGAGAUCCUGCAGGAGAUUCAGCGUCUCCGCCUGGAGCACGAGCAGGCCUCCCAGCCCACCCCGGAGAAGGCCCAGCAGAACCCCACGCUGCUGGCAGAGCUGCGGCUGCUGCGGCAAAGGAAAGACGAGCUGGAGCAGCGGAUGUCGGCUCUGCAGGAGAGCAGGCGGGAGCUGAUGGUUCAGCUGGAGGGGCUCAUGAAGCUACUGAAGGCCCAGGCCACGGGAUCGCCGCACACGUCGCCCACUCACGGAGGCAGCCGCCCGAUGCCCAUGCCCGUCCGCUCAACAUCUGCUGGCUCCACGCCCACCCACUGUCCGCAGGAGCCCCUGAGCGGAGGCGGGGGCGACAUGCAGGAGGCCUUUGCACAAGGUACGAGGAGAAACCUCCGCAAUGACCUGCUGGUGGCUGCUGACUCCAUCACCAACACCAUGUCAUCCCUGGUGAAGGAGCUCCACGCAGCAGAGGAAGGUGCAGAGGAAGAAGAGGAGAAGAGGCAGAGUGGGAAAGACAGAGGUUAACGGAGGAGCCGGGGACCGAGAGGAAGCGGCCCCGGAGGCGUGGAGCGAGCUGGCGUCGACCUGAGGAAGGCGGGGUUCUCCCCCAGAGGCGCAUUCCUGUCCGUCUUUCCACUGCACACCUGGAUCCGGCCUGCAGGCUGCCAGAUGUCACCCAGAGCCAGUGGGGAGUGGGAGGCCGCCUGAUGCCCUGCUGGUGGGCGGCCCCCUCGCCCAGUCCUGCAUGAACUAGCAUCUUCGCUCUCCCCUCAGGCAGGGUCUCAUCUCUGCGGGGGGGAGUUUCUGGGGGGUUGAAAGAGAAAAGAAACAGCACAAGCCUCCUG